AUGAACAAAGAAAUUGAAAUGAAUGAAGAGACAUUAUCUCCUAGUAUUCUUAUUGAAAAUAAUAAUGAAAAUAAUGAAAUAUCAUAUUCUCAAAUAACAACAAAACAACAUAAUUGGUAUAAACGAUUAACUAUAACAAUUGUUUGUGUAAUAUUGUUAUUUAGUUAUAUAUUUACUUAUGUAUUAUUAAAAACAACACCAGAUACAAAAGAAAUUAAAAAAAUAUUAAUAAUAGGUGUAAGUGAAGUAUUAUUAUUAAUAAUUGUCUUUGGUAUUCAAACGAUUUUAUUAUUUCCUUUUGUUCAAGAAAGAUUACAUAAAUCAUCAAUUAUAACAAAAAUAAUGGAAAAACUUUAUUCAAAAUAUAAUUCAAAAAAAUUUGUAUUUAAAUUACCUAAUAUUAAUAAAAUGGUUGAAAAAUUAUAUCCACCAAUUCCAAAUGAAAAAGUAAAUAAAACAAUAUUAAAUAGAAUGAUAGAAAAGUAUAGAAAAUUUAUUGAACAACAUUUAGUUUCAAUAAAAAUAUUUUCAUUAAUAUUUUGUUGUAUUUCAUCAAUUAUAACAUUAAUAUUAAUUUAUUUACUUAUUCAACAAAAAGAUACAUUUAGAAUUCUUUAUAUUCAAACAUUUGUUAUUUCUAUUUUAAUUAUUUCAAUAUUAAUUAUUGGAUGUAUGAUAAUAUCAAAAAUAAUAGGAAUAAUAAUUAUUAUAUUAAAUGUAUUAAUGUAUGUUUUAUACAAAAGAAUUAUUUUUUCUGCUUCAUUAUUUAUUUCAAUGAGUCUUAUUGGAAUAGUAACAUCUUUAAUUAUUUCAAUAAUUCCUAAUUUAAAAACAAAUUUAAGUAGUUUUUAUUUAGUGAAUUAUUCAACAACAAUAUUCUUUACUUUUCUUCUUUUUCUAUUAUCAAUAUUUAUUUAUACAAUUUUCUUAUGUUGUAAAAAUUUAAAAGAAUGGAAGAAAAUAUUAAAGAAAUAUAUAUUAUCAAUAUUUAAAUAUCAUUAUAUUGCUACAACAAUUUUUCUGUUUAUUAUGAUAACAUCAGGAAUUAUUACAAUAUUAAGUUGGAGAGGAACUAUUCUUUAUUUUAAAUCAAUUAUUAUUCCAGAUUCUUUUAAUGCAGUUGAAAAGAAUUCUCCCAUAAAAAUUUCAAAUAUUCCAAUAAUAACAAGAGAUAUUGAAGUAAUAACAUUUGGAUGUGGAAAAGAGAAUUAUUAUAGAGGGUGUUAUGCUAAUCCAACUAUUAAAACACCAACAAUUGAUAUGUCUAAAUUUAUUGAAUUAUCUAUUACAUCUCAAGAUUAUUAUCAUUUAAAUAGUAGAAUAAUUCCUUUAAAUGGUAAAGUUUAUUUUCCUAAAGAUAUUCUUCAAUUAAAUAAAACAUCACAUUUUAAAUCAGUAAUUAUUUUACCACAUCAACUUGGAAAUCUUAUUAAUAGUGAUGAUGGAUAUGAUUAUCUUCAAAAAACAUUUGCACAAAAUGAUUUAAUUGGAAUUGUUAUUGAUUCAUCAUUUUUUGAUAAAGAUUCUAAUGAUAAAACAAUUAUUAGUAAAAAUUCUAAUCUAACAAUACAAGAAGCUUAUAUUGAAGCAAGAAGUAUUUUAACAUAUAAUAUUCUUCAAUAUCUUAAUAUAGCAUUAAAUAAUUAUUUUAAUUUUACUAUUGAUAUGUCAGAAAUUGGUAUUGUUGGAGAUAGAGAUGGUGGUACAGUUGGAAUAAGAUUAAUAGAAGUAAUGAAUAGAAAUAAUAAAUUUCCAAUAUUAUUAAAAGAUUGGAAUAUUAUAAAUAUUAAAAUUACUUCAUUUAGUGGAUUAUCAUGUAAUCAAACAAUAAAAAAUAAUAUAUUAAAUGAAAUGCAAUCUUAUUUUAUUGAAACAAUUCCAUCUAUUAGUAUUUAUCCUAAUCCAUUUUUAUCAAGUUAUGUAAUUUUUGAAUCACCUGAUUUAAUAUUUAUAAAUCAAACAAAUAUUUUAAAUUAUAAUAAUUCAUUGUAUUAUACAGGUAGUUUAUUUAUUCAACGUGCAAAUCCUAAUGAUUUAAAUAUAAUUUAUGAAGAACCAAAUAAUCAUAUUAUUCUUGAUAAAAUUUUUCCAAUUCAAUCUAAUUAUAUUUCAAAAAAUCAACUUAAUUAUAUUGUUUCUCUUUUUAUUGGAAGUCAUUUUAUGUGUAGUUUAAAUUUUAAUUGUAUUAAUUAUAAAAUGUUACAAGAUUUUAAAAUUGCUGAUGAAGUUCUUCCUAUGAAUUCUGGUUAUUUUAAUACAUUUAUAAGUAAUAAUGAUAUAUUAAUAGAUUCUAAUGGAAAGAUUUAUUCUAAUAUUACUAUUUCUACUAAUUCUUCAUAUAUUGGACUUUAUUAUCAAAAUGCUUAUCAAAGAUUUCAUAGAAAUCUUCAAUGUCAUAAAAAAUGUUCUAUUAAAUAUUUAUUUAAUAUUCCAAUUUAUGCAAAAGGAAUAAAAUUUAAUUUUUAUCAAGUUGGUAGUUCAUCAAAUUAUAAUAAUGCAGUAUUUAUUCAUUCAAAUAAAAAUAUAAAAGAAAUAGCUAAAUUUAAAUAUGCAGGUAUUCCACAUUCACAAUCAUCAUUUACAUUAAGUAAAGUAUAUUUUUUACAAUUAUUUGAAUUUGUAUUUAAUACACAACAACAACAACAAUCAUUAGAAAUUGAUGAAUUAGAAAUUCUGUUUGAUGGAGAAAUAUUAUUAGAUAAUGUUGCUAUUUUUAAUUAA